CCUGUUUACACACUCUUAUGAUUUUCAGGAUCGGUGGUAAUUUCGGGCUGGCUCAAACAUCGUGAAGUGCUAGACCAAGCCGAGAAAGAAGCCCAAGAGGAGUUUGCGGCGACCCAACAGGUCCGUGCGCUAAAACCGAAAGAAAGACACCGAGUGAGAGAGAAAAGAAAAGGCGCUAUAUAAAUAAGGAAGACACCCCACGCACAGCGAAUCGCGCUAUGCUACACACACUCGGAGCGAGGAGAGGAGCUCCGAAAGCCAGCGGGGGAGAUGACAAUGAAUCGGACGUGAGAAAUUCUCUGAAAGACGGGGAAAGUGAAAGGGAAGGCGGGCGUUUGGACAGCGCGUCCGAUCGAGUUCGCUUUACUGCCGAAACUGAAGCGAUCGUGGAGAACCAUGCAGUAAAAGCGGGAGUCGCGGUGCAGGUCCGGACGUCGCUCUCUCCCGUCGCAGCCGAUAAAAGCCGCCCUCGACACCAACGAGGCGAUCAGGUCAAGCAGAUGUCCAAAGAACGGCAGAGACUGGCCAGGGAGAAGAGAGCUAGUCGAAAGUCACCCGAGAUCAGCAACGGAGUCAGUCCGACUACAGAACUAGCAAACCCCAUGGUGGAAACGGCCACAAUCGCUUCAAAUGAAGACCUAAACUGUAGGGUAGGUUGUGUUCCGCAGGUGACCAUAACUCCAGAGGAGGGUGAUGGUCCUCGGGAGUUCCAAGAAGAUGACUGGAAUGAUCUCGAUGGUCCUCUUCGGCGAAAACAGUCCAAUUCCUCAGUGUCAUCUGCCGGCUCCUCCACGGUUCUCGAGGAGUCUGAAGAUGACAUUCUUAGUGACAACGAGACCAAAAGCAAAGGCAUCGUCACUUUAGAGCCGGUGGAGGACUCGACCACGCAAAACAGAUCCUGGUCGAAGAUUAAGAGCCUCGUCCACUGGCCGUUCGUCUCGCACCGUAAGCGACUGUCCUGGAUUCAGCUCGCUGGACACAAAGGCAGCUUCAAGGCUGGUGAGGAGGGCACCAUUCUGAAGAAGUUCUCGGAGAACGAGAAGCUGUGCUUCGAGCGGCUGAGAGGGGAACGCCUACAAGACUUUGUGCCCAAAUACCAUGGCGUGACAGAGCGUGACGGCGAAGCCUACCUGCAGCUGACAGACCUGUUGUAUGAUUUCGACGGACCCAGUGUCAUGGAUUGCAAAAUGGGCGUGAGGACGUACCUGGAGGAGGAGCUGGUGCGAGCCCGGGAGAGGCCCAAGCUGCGCAAAGACAUGUACGACAAGAUGCUGGAGGUAGACAGCGACGCCCCCACGGCGGAGGAGCACCAGCAGAAGGCGGUCACCAAACCACGCUACAUGCAGUGGCGGGAGACCUUGAGCUCCACCCACACGCUGGGUUUCCGCAUCGAAGGCGUCAAGAAACCAGAUGGUACCUGUAGUACAGACUUCAAGAAGACCCGGUUGAAGGAAGAGGUGAUGCAGGUCUUCAAUGAUUUCGUGGCUGGGAACAAAAACAUUAUCAGGUCCUAUCUCAGAAAACUGGAGCAGAUACAAAGUGUUCUAGAGGAUUCUAAAUUCUUCACGCAGCAUGAGGUCAUCGGAAGCUCUCUGCUCUUCAUCCACGAUCGCACUGAGCGGGCUGAAGUGUGGCUCAUUGACUUCGGCAAGACCACUGCGCUGCCAGAGGGAGAAAAACUAAACCACCGCAUCCCAUGGCAGGAGGGCAACCGUGAGGAUGGCUACCUGUUGGGACUCGACAACCUGCUCCAGCUACUGACGUCUUUGAUGGAACCAUGACAUCCAGCUAUUGUCUAUCCUUUUUAUUAUUUGGAGAAGAGUAGAGUUACUAGAAGGAAAUAAGUCUUGGGUAGUGGUAGUUUUUUAAGGGCUGCAAUUCACACAUCCUGAAGGGAGACCAUAGAGACAUGUACUACAUGGCCACUAGAGGGCACUAUUUGCAUUUUACGAAAGUUGUCAGAUUGCAUCUGUUGAACUUUAGGCCUCUUAUUGCCAAAUAGUCAAUGUGUUUCCAUCUGUUACUGGAUAAAGAUAAUGCUGUCACAAAAGUGUUUAUGACAUUUAAAAGUUCCAUACGAAUUAGAGGUCAACUUUAAAAUUUUAUACAAUACUCUCUAAUUUUAUUUUCCAAAGUGUAUUUAUAUAUUUUGGUUUGCAGGAUAAAAUCUGAAAGAGCUGUGUUCACAAGUAAAGCAUUUAGCAACAGCACACUGCAGUAGUAUAUCUGUAAUCAUUAACAGCUGUCUGAAUACACAUGGUAGCUGUAACUGUGUAAUAAUGUGUCGAACCUGCAAUUAACCAGCCUUGAAAUUAUUGGAACAAAAAAAACGAUACGUGACCCUUGUACCUAAGAGGCCACUGUUUGAAAAUGUUACCUUUGUGCCAGCUUUGCCCUCUAGAGAAUAGACAUGAAAAUCUUUAAACGCUACGUUAAUAACCGCACUGUAAAAGUAAUUACGGGUAGCUGACUGAGUGCGAGGACACCCAUGGGGGGACAUGGGGGACCCAAAGCGAGUGGCCAUUUCGGCAGCACUGCCCAAUCAGGUGGCUCCAGAGCGGUCCAGGUGGUGCUGGCUUGUUUCCAAGACGACGUGUCUAUUUUAUGCCAAAAAGAGGUCUCUAUUUUCAGGCAGCAAAAAAAACAACAAAUCAUGAUAUUGCAUAAUAUUGUGAAAGAUUAUGACAUUUACGGUGGAUUGUAAAGGAGUGCCAAUCUGCUCCAGUGUAUAUACUUGUUAAAAUCAGAUACUGUACAUAAAGAAUUUUAUGUUUACAGCCUAGAACACUACAUUUUACUUCCUUGUAACCUGUCUGAUUGCUUCUUUACCAAAGACUCAGUUUCCAGUUUUGUACCAUGUUUGUAAAUAUUUUAAGCUUUCCUUUAAAAAAUAGAUGCUGAAAUAAUUGACCUGUCGAUCUUACAGAUAUUGAAGGGAUUUUUUUUUAAAUGACUGACUAAAUAUGUAUUUAUGGGGAAAGGGAAAAUAAUAUAUCACAAUUUUCCUGCUUGUAUCAUCUCUGAAAAGCCGUACUUUGUGGAAACAUUUAUAGGCUAGACAAAUAUUUAAUAUAUUUCGAAUAUACUUUCUGUGGCCUAUAAUGCCAUGUAAUAUACAGAUUCGAUCAUUGUUAGUGGUUGCCCAACUUCUAUAAUGAACCAGAAAGUGAAUACAAUCAUGAUAUACCUAUAAAACAUUUUCAAAAUGCCUUUUUACAGAUGUUUUUAAUACGGUUUAUGGAAUUUAAGGCUAUUUGUAUGUAACUUUUAUUUCCCAUCCCAAUCUGUGUAACGAAGGGCUGCACACUUAUGUUAGUAGGGUUAUUGCUAGUUAACUGGUAAACACUAAAUACUGUUGUACUGGCUUGACAAUCAUAGCAGGGACUCUGUGUCUUUAUGUUUUGUUCUUCAGCCUUUUCUGUAGUAAAAAACCAUUUGAAUUUA